AAUAACAAUAACUUUAUCACGUCAACGGGACGACCUAUUUCACCCUGGUCUUUCGAAAUCACCUCAGAAAUCCCCCAGAUCUAUUUUAGGAUGCCAAUCUCCCCGGUAUGUCCAGUUUGUGCGCACACUGGGCGGAGAAAUAGAGCAUUAACAAUACCAGUAGCUUUCGUUUUCAAACGGAAGCUUGGGAUAAAAUGCGCUUCAGUGGAUGAGUAUAUAUUAUGCUGACUCCACCCAAUCACGUACUGCGGAAAAUAAUUGAUCCUCGUUCACCGUAUCCUCUAGCAUGAUUAUAGCAAACCUUUUUAAAGGACUGUCUACAUCAAAAGUAACAUACAACAAACUUUGGUUAUACAUUACGGACACCAGAACGUCGAAUGCGGCGCAUGAUCUCUGACUUCGAUUUUAUCAGCAUUUGGCCACAGCGAAGAGAGUGUUCUGUUCUUGUUACCCAGAAGUCCACGCAAGUCCUGAAAAUGGUGCAAUUGCUGAGCCGCUUCUCGCUUCUCAUAAUCGUUCUUUUCGGAUUCUCAAGACAGAUGUACCCGGCUACAGCGGGGGUGAUCCCGCUCGGAGAAAAUGGAACUUCGUUAGAAUGUGGCAAAGGUUUCUACAGAAAAAUCACGUACCUGGCAUCGGGACGAGAGAGUCACGAGUGUAUGCCGUGUUCAAACUGCCCAUGUGGUGUUAGAACAAUGCGAGAGUGUAACUCUACGAUGGAUACUGUAUGCGCUCAACAGUGUGAAGAUCCAAGUGCUGUCAUCAACCGAACUCUGUGGGCAUGUGUCUCAUUGCUUGGAGAAGUUGAAAAGUGCUCCCAUAGCAAACAAAGUGUCAACCAGAGCAAUGAUUACCCGACAACAAUGACAGUAUCAACCUUUACUUUGGAGAACGUCACUGCAAGAUCAAAAGGAAAUAUAUCACCCAUUCGUGCAUUCGGCAUCUCUUCGGGAGUCGUCACAUUUAUCGCCCUCGGUUCAGCGGCGAUCAUUUUGAUUGCCCGUAGAAGAGGUUAUCUCAAUGCUUCCCCAAACAAGCUUUGCUGUACACGGACAUCUCCACCUCAACCUAGUACAAUAAACCAAAGGAAGGUUUAUAAAUAUACACUUACUCCCCCGGCUUUGGUUCCGAACGGGUGCGGAAAUUUCAUGGAUAGAUCGAGCACUGUCUGGACUCCUACGGAUAACAUACUGAUUCCACUUUGGGAUUCAUUCAUGGCAGAUGAAGAACUGAUGAAGCCCUUAGAUCUUCCUUUGGCUGAAGAUAUUAAUGUAAAUACAGAUGGAGAGGACCCUUACUGGUUAGUGAUGCGUGGCUGGUUCACUCCCCAAGGUGGCGUGCUCCGAUGCAACGAAUCGGAUGUCUUCUUAGAAAUUCCACCCGGGGCCAUACCGCAAGAUAUAAAGCGACAAGAGAUAGUAGCAAAAGUGGCUUUGGUCACAUCCAGAUUCGACUUCAAGCUUAAGAAGGAUGAGGUGUCCCUGUCUCCAGUAGUUGAACUCCUUUCGCCUGGACUUGCUUCUUUCGAGAGCAGGGUAGUCAUCCACAUACCGCAUCGAGCGCGCAUGGACCCUGAUUGGAAUUUUAAGGUUCACUAUACCCGUUCUCACGGAAAGACAGAAGAACCUUGGAAAACAAUCGACGAAGGUGUUGAGAACCGUCGCAGUUUUUCCUUAAAGCCUUUCCACUCAGAUGUUACUUUUCGGACGAACGAAACUCACUUUGUCAUAGAAACCACGCACUUCUCGAAAUACGCCUGCUCCGGUUGCGGCAAGAAACGGCACCUAAAUCUAGAGGCGCUGGUCUCCGCAAAAUAUCUGAAUCUGCCUAAUCGCCAACAGGUUGACUUGAACUGCUACAUUGCGGAUACUAUCAAAGACUACUGGCAUCGGGUCAAUGAAAACGAAGGACAGCGCCCUCGCUCGGAGAGGCAUCCUAUUCAUUUGAAGAGCAAAGAGCCACUUGUAGUUUCUCUCUUGACGGAAAGCGAGUCUGAACGAGGAGGUGGUGAAUGGGUACCAUGGACUCUGGGAGGACAUAGGCCAACAACAGUGGCGAUUCCAAUGCGGAAUAUUGUUCGAUGUUGCUCCGAUGCCGUGCCGUACUUUGUGACGUUUUCAUUGAGACCAAAGACAUCAAACAGCCCGUCGAUGACAUCGCAUCUCUUCGAGUCGGCGGUUUCUUACAAACAGAAGGAGACCGGUUUGGACCUACCCAUUACAAUUGCCUUCGAUCUGAGAGGGCACGCCUGCAAUACCCAUUCAUCAGUGUCAUCAACUCCUGGCAUCAUCAGUCCCACCCUCGUGAGAAAAGUGGCUGUUCAAAUUCCCUUGAAUAAGUGGAAAGAUUUAUGCCGCCGUCUCCUCGUCGGUGAUAACCACAUCGAAUCCCUGAUCGAAGAGCUGCAGACGAAGCAUAAUGACGUCAGCGAGGUGAAGUACCAGAUGCUUCUUACGUGGCGUCAAAUGAAAGGGAAGGAUGCCACCUGCUAUAAACUGAGUCAGUCGUUGAGGGCGUGUGGUCUUGUAAACAUUGCCGAAAAUGUAGACGAUGGUUCCCUCGAUGUCGAUAUGGAUUCGCAAAGUUUGUCGGAUGUAUAGCGACUUUAUUACACCCUGUAUUGACGGAAAUAUUAAGGCAUUUGUUUCUCUUGAUCAUUAUGUUUUGUGUAGCAAGUUACCGAUUUAUGAAACCGGAUACUAUAGUUAGGCAUUUGAUUUUCUAGAACAUACACACUUUAAAUGUUGGGCAACACACUGUCCACUGUGUUGGGUAAUGUAUUCUUUUUUUAAUUUGUUUCCCUUCCACAAGGAUUUAUUAUUAUUCAAACAU